CGUUGCUCAAGAAGCAACAAGCUUCUCUUCAGAGUGAUUGAGGCAGGUUUGCUGGACCCGUUAGUGAACACGGGUCAUUAAAACAGGUAUAUAGCCCGGCUUUGGCAAGCCAGACGAUAACGCAGUUAUUCUUAUCACUGAGAUAAAGAUUUAUUCUCGAGGUUUAUCAUCAUUCAUACAUAUCGGUCCCGGGUGUGAGUGAUGGAUGACGUGCGGCCUAGCGGCGGCGCCGGAGCCCUGGGUCUGGCGUCGCUAUUCCCCCCGGGUCUGCAAGCUAUUUACGGGGAAUGCAGGCGGCUGUACCCCGAGCAGCCGAACCCGCUGCAGGUCACAGCCAUCGUGAAAUACUGGUUGGGCGGGCCAGAUCCCUUAGACUAUAUUAGUAUGUACAGGAGUGUGGGGAGCCCAGCACAGAAUAUUCAAGAACACUGGCACUACAUUAGCUUUGGGCUGAGUGAUCUCUAUGGAGACAACAGAGUGCACGAAUUUACUGGACAAGAUGGACCGAGUGGAUUUGGGUUCGAGCUGACAUUUAGGCUAAAGCGAGAAGCGGGAGAGACAGCCCCCCCGACGUGGCCAGCGGAGCUCAUGCAGGGGCUGGCUAGAUAUGUGUUCCAGUCAGAAAACACGUUCUGCAGCGGGGAUCAUGUUUCGUGGCACAGUCCUUUAGAUAACAGUGAAUCCCGCAUCCAACACAUGCUGCUAACCGAGGACCCUCAGUUACAGCCAGUGCAAACACCCUUUGGACUGUUAACAUUCCUGCAGAUUGUGGGUGUUUGUACAGAGGAGCUCCAGGCUGCCCAGCAAUGGAACGGCCAAGGAGUCCUUGAUUUAUUACGCACUGUCCAUGUUGCUGGAGGCCCUUGGUUAAUCACGGACAUGAGAAGGGGGGAGACCAUAUUUGAAAUUGAUCCACACCUACAACAGGAAAGAGUGGAUAAAGGAAUCGAGACGGAUGGCUCCAACCUGAGUGGUGUGAGUGCAAAGUGUGCCUGGGAAGAUCUGAGCAGGCCUCCAGAGGAUGAGGAAGACAGCAGGAGUAUCUGCGUGGGCUCCCAGCCUCGCCGCCUGUCUGACAAAGACACGGAACAGAUCCGAGAGGCAUUGCGGAGGGGACUAGAAAUUAACAACAAACCAGUUUUACCACCGAUCAGUGGACAAAGACAGAGUCAUGACCGGCCCCAACAAUCAGUGGGCCAUUUGCAGAGCCAGCAGACUUCAAGGAGCCGUAAGGACAGUCUGGAAAGUGAAAGCUCUGCAGCCAUUGUCCCUCAUGAGCUGGUACGCACCAGACAGCUGGAGAGUGUCCACCUCCAGUUCAACCAGGAGUCUGGGACGCUUAUUCCACUGUGCCUCAAGGGCCGGCUGCUCCACGGAAGACACUUCACUUACAAAAGUAUUACAGGUGACACUGCCAUCACGUUUGUAUCAACAGGAGUGGAAGGAGCCUUUGCCACUGAGGAACAUCCAUAUGCUGCUCACGGACCGUGGCUACAGAUCCUGCUGACCGAGGAGUUUGUAGAAAGAAUGCUUGAAGAUCUAGAGGACCUAACGGCACGAGAAGUACCUAAGCUACCCAAGGAAUAUAGCUGGCCGGAGAAGAAGCUGAAGAUCUCCAUCUUGCCAGACUCUGUGUUUGACAGUCCUCUGCAGUAGCGCAGGAGAGGUCACAUGACGGGUCCCAGAGAGGAGUACACCCAGACUCCACUGCUGCAGUGAAGUGAAGCUAAAUGAAAAACAGAGUAGAGACAUGGAAACAACCCCUGACCUGCAUCUGGAAACACUGACCUGCCCAUACUGGGUGAGGUGCUGUUUGUCUAAGUGCCCUUCCACUCUGUCCUGCCUCAAUUCCACUGUGCGUGUGUGUGUGUGUGUGUGUGUGUGUCCGUCCGCCCUCCCUAUACUAUUCAAACAUUGCUUUGUGCUUGACUCGGUUGAGUCUGUGGGGAGCUAGACUGAGGAACAGCCUAACAGUAAUUCCCUGAUCCUGGAGUUAUCCCUGCUGGUGUCUGUCCACACCUGUGAUGGGACCAGGAAGGUUUAAUCAAUCUAAACCCUGCCAGGGUCAGCCACAGUGGGAGUAUAUUUGAGUAUUUGACCAAUCCAGCUGUGGCUUAUCACUUCAAGGUAUGGGUUGAUCAAACUAUUGAAAAACAAAAGGACCCUUGCUAAAUCCUUGGAUCAGAUUUCUGUCACACAGUUACAAAAGAAACAAGUUGCACAUUAAUCAGUGUUUUGUUGUUGUUGUUGUUGUUUGUAUUGUAGCUAUUUGAAGUACAGACCGCGUACUCAGUUUCCAUUGUUUGUACGUUUUUUUUUUCAAUU